AUGGAGACCCUUACGGCCCGGCCUGUGGAGACACAGAUCCCUGAGCGGCAUGACACUCACCUGCGGCCGCUCGGUCUGCACUCGACGGAGGCAGUCGGCCCCAUAGAUGACGGUAUUCUCGGGGAUCACCUCGCAGACGCGCCAGCUGUCAGCAGCGCCACGCCGGGCCGCCCGCGGGGCCGCCCCUUACCGCCUUACCGAUGGUCACGUCCCCGCGGAUCUCGCUCUCCACGCACACCACGGCGCCCGGCGCGAUCUUCACGCUGCGGGGACACGCGCGUCACAGCCAGGCUGCUGACGCCGCAGGCCCUGCUGGCUCGCCUGCUGGUGGUGGCAGCGGCUCCUCACACCAGCGGCGGCUGCGGCAUCGCUGCCCUGCGGCUGCUGCAGGCCUUGUCCACGGAGAUCCACGGCGCCGUGGGCAUGGUGUGGGCUGUGAAGAUCCCCUUCCUGCUGGAGCACCUGGCAGAGAGAAGCGAGAGCUCCCUGGACUCUGCCGAGUGGGAGCAUCUUCUGCUUAAGUUCCUGAGGACGUCGCUGGAGACCAUCGAGAGCCAGGCCUGGACCAUGGCCUUCAGCUUCGAGCUGAACCAGCAGGCGGGCAGCUACUGCCGGCUCUCCCGGGAGCAGGCCUUCCUCUACAAGGCUGUCGGGGUGUCCCUGGCAGCCUGUCAGCACGUCCCCUACGUCCGCGAGGAAAUCCGGAAGUACUUCUUCCAGACAAACUAUUUGGAGGCGUCUGAGAGAGAGGCAAUGAUUUCUGUUGUCGCCGGCUCUGCUGAGAGCCACUUCCCCCUCGCCUUGGAGGUGGUGCACGAGUUCGGGGCUACAAUGGAGGAAAGACCAGUGUCCGGGGCUUUCAGACGCCUCAAGGAAUACCACCAGGGGAAGAGAGCGGGGACGCACACGGCGCUGGUGCUGGCCUACGGCCGGAUGGCGCUCUGCGCCCCCCGGGAGCAGCUCCUGGCCCGCGUCGAGAGCGACGUCGUGGGGCCCAUCCUGCGGCACUACCGCGCCAGCUGCCAGGUUCUGGGCUUCACCUUCUCCACCAAGGUAAGUGCUGCCCAACGGGGCCUCGCUUCCUGCCCUUCCCGCACACCUUCCCUACUGCGGGCGUGCAGGACCGGCGCUCCCCAGGCCACGGGCCCGGGCUCUUCUGGCGGUAGGUAGCC